AUGCACGGCCCCCGUCGCGGUAAAGAAGCGGCAAAGAAGAUGCUCCUCGAGUUCCGCGAGGCAUUUCCGAACAUUUCCUUUCAAGCGUACAAAUUUCCUCUAAUUGCUGAAGGGGACUAUAUGGUUGGUCGCUGGAUCGGCGGCGGCAAGCAUACCGGCGUGGCAUUCGACGACCUGGCAGUAGGCAAGCUUGAUAAGCCAAAUACAGGCAAAGAGGUCUAUUUCUCGGGCACUACGAUUUUCACCCUACAGAAUGGCAAGAUUGUUGACGAGAUUGGCGAAGAGCAAGCCCUUACGGCUCUGCAGCAGCUGGGAUUAGUGUCUUGUCCUAAUCCAGGAAAGGAAAUCAGGUACGACGCAGAAGGCAAUCAUAUCUAA